AAAAAAUAUGAAAUAAUAAAAGUUAAUAAAUAAAAGAUUCAGCAAGUCUAAUAAAUCCAAUGAAUGCAAUACUUUGUUGUUCUAAAGGUAAAUUUUCCAUUGGUUAUUGCUCCAGAACUCAGCAAGUUGUGGUUGUGGUCUUGACGACAUUUCCCAACGUUUACAAAGAGUACGACUUGGAUCUUAAGUUAAAGCGAAUUCCAGAUGAAAGAUAGCCAAAACGUAAGUUCUGCAACGAUAAUAGGCUGCUUUGAAUGAAACGAAAAGAAUCAUAAUCAGCAAGAAAG